AGAGGGCGCAGUGUGAGCGGAGCUACGCAUGCGCAGUGUUCUUAGUGUACUUUCACAUUGACUCUGCUCUUCUCGGAACCUGCUGCGUUUUAAUCCGCCGCGAUGAGCUUUUCUUUUCUGGACAUUUCAAUAACGUGAGCGGAGUUAUACACGUGGACAGACUGAGUUCUUCUCUCCGGAGCAGGAUGAGAGCGGCAGAUUAUCGACGCUUUGUUCUGUACACAGAAUGUCUCGAUGCAUUAAUGCGUGUCGUUUAUAAAUUAUAAUGUUGCGAGCGAUUCUUCGACUGUAAGCGCAAGUUACUGUUUAUGAGGAACCAUACAUGCUCAAAGUGUGCAAAAGCAUUUGAAGUCUGUGAAUAAGGUCAGCAUGACCCUGGCGUUGACCCCUGCAGCCGUGUGCCAGUGCUUCACGCUCGUGUCGCUGUGUACGUCUAUCGCGGAUCCCAACUGGAUCCAGGUACAGAACUGCUCCGAUUCGAACAGCAAUCUCAUCUACGGUGUGGCCUUCACUCUACACGCGUAUCAGAAUCUCACAGACACAGGUCCGUUGGGUGGGCUGCACGGAUGGGGGAUGUGGCUGCUGUACUCUCUAGCGGCUCUCUGCUACAGCGCCGUCCUGUUUUCCAGUUCCUCUUUCCUGCUGGAUUUCCUCACAGCAGCUGUCACUCACUCAAAGCUGGUCACGUUACUGCACGUCUCUACAGCGUUCUUCUGCGUGGCGGUUGUGGGUGUGUGUGCGGCCUGCAUGAGUGUGAUUGAACACAACCUGCAGCGAGGGAAGACUGAAAGCCGCCCGGCGCUCUGCAUGUCUGCAGGAGAAAGCUUUUACAUCGAGAUCGUGGGCCUGCUCUUCUCCUUAAUAGCGUGCACUUUGGCCCUCAAGGGUCGUCCUGAACCCAUCAGGCCCUGUGACUACGUGAGCGUGGAAGCAGCGGACAGUGACACGGAGCCUUUGAUUGGUGGAGCUGUGAGGCAGGAGUAAACAGACAGAGUUAUGCUCUUUAUUUUAAUGGCAGAACAACGAGAGCAAUGCUGAACAAGAGCUGCUGUGAGAUCAGGUGAUCUCAGGAGCGUGUACAGAAUUUAAGAAUCGGCUCCUUCCGGUUCAUGAGUGUGAAUUUGAAUUGAAUUGAUCACAGCAUACAGGAUCUCAGAAGUUAUGAACAGUAACAUUAAUAGAACGUUAGUUCAAAGUUAUUUAGUCUUUAAUAACGUUCUCAAAACAUUAGCGCAGAAACAUUAUUCAUACAUCAUUUACUGAAAUGUUUGCCUUGGACAUUCAGCCAACGUUUUUUAAAUGUUGCCGCUUGUUUCAGAACAUUCCGAGAACAUUCAAAAGUAACA